GCCCGCCAGACGCCACAUCCUGCAGGUGCCGCGGGGCGGCCAUCGCGGAGGGGCUGCUGCCGGCUCGAAGAAGAAGGGAUUUAGUAAAAUCGCGGUCAACCAAAAUGGGGCAACACCUAAAGCACCUGUGAGGAGUCUGAGAGCGUGCCUUACUGCCGUGCGCUGGAGCCAGCAGAGGAAGAUGUGUGUUUUUAUCCUUGUGCAAAGCUGGGCUGUCUAACCACUGAGCAAAGCGAUGUGCUGAAAUUGGAGAUCCUGACAAAAUGGGAGCACUUGUGUUCUCUGCGACUUGCAGUUUACUUCUAGCCCUGGUGCAAGGGCACAGUUUAUUUACAUGUGAGCCAAUUACUAUCUCCAGAUGUUCAGGAAUGCCUUACAAUAUGACUUUUUUCCCAAACAUCAUGGGACACUAUGAUCAGGACACAGCUGCUCGCAAAAUGGAGCCUUUUCUUAUUCUUAUGAAUCUUCACUGUUCACCAGACGUCCACACAUUUCUGUGUAGAGCCUUUGUCCCUGCCUGCCUGGAUCAAAUUCAUGUGAUUCACCCUUGUCGAAGCCUCUGUGAGAAAGUGUAUUCUGACUGUAAGCAGUUGAUGGACACUUUUGGAAUUGCAUGGCCUGAAGAGCUGGAAUGUACCAGACUGACUAAUUGUGAUGAGGCUGUUCCUGCCACUGCUGCUGUAACCACAAACGUGCAUGGAACUCGGAAGACCCCAGGCCAGAUCCGAAGGGAUUAUGGAUUUUGGUGUCCCCGGCACCUCCACACUAACAAUGGACAAGGCUACAAGUUUCUAGGGAUUGAUCAGUGUGCACCGCCAUGUCCCAAUAUGUACUUCAAAAAUUAUGAAUUGGAUGUGGCAAAAAGCUUCAUUGGAAUAGUUUCAAUCUUUUGUCUUUGUGCUACGCUUUUCACAUUCCUGACUUUUCUGAUUGAUGUUAAAAGGUUUAGGUACCCAGAGAGACCGAUCAUAUAUUACUCUGUCUGUUACAGCAUAGUCUCUCUGAUGUACUUUAUUGGGUUUUUACUUGGGAACAAAACUGCCUGUAAUGAGGCAGAUGAUAAGUUAGAAAUUGGUGAAACAGUUGUUCUUGGCUCCCAAAACAAAGCCUGUACUGUCCUUUUCAUGGUUUUGUACUUUUUCACUAUGGCAGGAACUAUUUGGUGGGUGAUUCUUACAAUCACUUGGUUCCUUGCAGCAGGAAGAAAAUGGAGCUGUGAAGCUAUUGCACAAAAGGCCAUGUGGUUCCAUGCGGUUGCCUGGGGAAUACCUGGUUUUCUAACCAUUAUGCUCCUUGCGAUGAACAAAGUUGAGGGAGACAAUAUCAGUGGGGUUUGCUUCGUGGGUCUCUAUGAUCUGGAUGCCUCUCUGUACUUUGUGCUUUUGCCGCUGUGCCUUUGCGUGUUUUUCGGUCUCUCUCUUCUCUUAGCUGGUAUUAUUUCUUUAAAUCACGUGCGCCAAGUCAUCCAGCACGAUGGCAGGAACCAGGAGAAGCUAAAGAAAUUCAUGAUCAGAAUUGGAGUUUUUAGUGGUUUAUACUUGGUGCCACUGGUAGCACUUCUUGGAUGUUAUGUUUAUGAACUGGUGAACCGGAAAAUCUGGGAAACGACUUGGGUGUUUGACCACUGUGACCAGUACCAUAUUCCUUGUCCUUAUCAGGCAAAGGCACUAGCAAGACCAGAAAUAUUUUUGUUUCUGAUGAAAUAUUUGCUGACAUUAAUUGUUGGCAUAUCUCCAGUCUUCUGGGUGGGAAGUAAAAAGACCUGUUCUGAAUGGGCCAAUUUCUUCAACAGAAACCGCAAAAGAGAUCCAAUCAGUGAGAGUCGAAGAGUGCUGCAGGAGUCGUGUGAAUUUUUCUUGAGACACAAUUCCAAAGUUAAACACAAAAAGAAGCACUACAAGUCAACUUCACAUAGACUUAAAGUCAUUUCAAAGUCAAUGGGUACCAGUACAGGUGGCGCAACAAAUCAUGGAACUUCUGCAGUAGCAAUCACUAAUCAUGAUUACUUAAGCCAAGAAACUGUUGCAGAAGUUAAAACCUCUCCAGAGACAUCUGAGAGAGAGAUAGAGGCAGACGGAACAUCAACCCGAAGAGUCGAGGCAGGUGAAAACAGCGGAGAUCAAAUGUUAUCUGGUUCUAAAUUGACUGUGGAUCAGGUGGAAAGAAGAAACAAAGCUGAUAGCACAUGUCAUAUGAGUAGCUUGGCUGAGAGUAUGAAGAGAGUAGGUGAAGGCAGAAUAACACCUAAAAAUGAUUUUAGUGAAUCUCCUCCACUGCAAAGCAGCUGUUCCCAAAUACCUGAUGUCUCACAGUCAGCUUCCAUAUCCCUACUUGUCUAUUCAGCUUCAGACACCAGAAGAGAGUUGGAUUCAGGAAACAGUUCAAAUCCUUGAAAGAUUGAAAUUUUAUAUGAACAUUUGCAAUUUAUAAAACUGACAUGAAUUCUGUGUUACACUGGAAAUAAUGGAUAUUCUCUGCCUUAUUAAAAAACACACAUAUCUUGCUUUGCACUUAAAAAAUGUAUGUUUUGUUGUGGAAACAGCUAACAAUAAUGUACUGUAUUUUAUCCUAUCCAGGAAUAAUGGAAAUUGAAGUUCUGUAGGACAUGGCAGUAAUCUAAGAAAAAGAUGAGACAAAUAUUAUUCCUUAUAUAAAGAAUAUCUUAUAAUGAAUUGCAUUAAAGUGAUGCUUAGAAAGCACUGUUACUUUUCAAGGUAUAAAAGUUACAUCUGCCUCUUUGAUAUUUUUUAACACUUGCUAAUUUUUUUCUCUUUUUACUAUCUCUUAAACAAUAAUAUCACUUAAAUAAGGAAUACAGAAAUUUAUAAAUACUCUGUAAAUUAUGUCCUGUUGUAUCAAUUACAGCACUGGUUUAUGGUAGCUUGUACACUGAAUAUGAAAGGCAAUCUGAAAUUAUAGCAACUUAUUUUGUACAUAAAAAUGAAUUUUGUAAAUAACUGACUGCAUAAAGUCAGUCUCUAGAACUGCUGGUUUUGUAUGUACUGUACAAACUUGGGAAAGCUCACGUGCUUCCGUCAGGGGUUGCUGAAGCCAAGAGUCCUCCAGUGAUCAGACAGCAUGAGUCAGUUCUGAGUAAAGCAGGUUGGACCUUUACCUGUAAGGUGCACCAUCAUCUGGGGUGAGGCUGGUCACAGGGGGGGCAGCACUCUUCCAGAAAAGUGCCUCUCGGAGCCUCUGCUGGCACGGUGUUCCAGAGCAUUGUGCCGAAGGAACGCUUCAGACCCCCGGCCUCGGUGGGCAGAAUCUGAAGCACACACUUUGGGGUUUUGUACUGAGCUGCAGUGAAAGCUCAUUUCAUGGUGUUUCUGUAAGAGUAACUUAAUUUUUUAUAUAUUCUGUAGAGAAAUAUCUUGCAGAAAAUAAAGUGUUGAGUUAUUAAUACACAAGCUUGUUUAACAAUCUAUUUACUCAGAAGAUGGCCUUAAUACUUUUCCUACAAAGCUUAGUUUUCUGUGUGCUACAGCACUGUUAUUUUCUCUAAAUCAAAAAGGCCUUAAUACAUGUAGCCUUUCUUAUGACAGGGUGGUUCUCAAGAGCAAGUACUGCUGAUGUGGAUAACAAUUUCAUCAUUUGGCUUCAUCUGAAUCAAGAUUUCUUAAGAGCCAAUAGGAUUUAUUACUUGAGAUAAUUUGGAAACAGAAUUUUACUGUUUUCAGAACAUGUCAAUGCAUUUUGUAAGACUGUCCAUCGUCUUGCAUUUGAUAACUAGGGAUAUUUUUCUCAGCAUUUUUAUAUUAGGCAGGGAAAUUACUGUGUUUGAGUUUGGGCAGCAUUCAUGGUGAUGCUUUGAACAAUGAAAAUUGCAGGGUACAAAGGGCAUGUAAAUGCUGAAACAACAGGAACUGCAGUUCUGAUAAACCAAAGUUACUUGUUUUAUCCAUCAUACGUUAAAAAUGGAAUGUCUUUAUAUUACAGUGUCUGCAUUUUAGCAUUUGUAAUUUAUUGCCUUCAAUGGGAUACGCUCUUUCUUUUAGACUUUCUCCAUUAAAAAUACACAGAAUUCUUGCUACUGAGAAGUACAGUGAGAAAGAUGAAAAAUCUCCUGUGAAAAUGCACAAUAAAUCCUCUUCAUUUUUCUAGUUCUGUUUGUAACCGGGUAACUUUAUACACAUGUUCAGUAGUUUUAUUAUUACUGUAUUUGUUAGUAAUAAAAUAUACUGUUGUAUAGUAAGAGCUUCUGAGUUGGUAUUUCUUAGUAACUAGGUGUAGCAUGUUUGUUGUAGUAUUUUUGCACCUAAACCACUAAUGUAUUUCUUAGUACAUUUCAUAGAACUCUGUAAGUUAAUAAGUAUUGCAAUGUUUUUAUUCCUCCUGUGUGAGAAACUGAGGCAGAAACAAUGCUGGGAAUUGUUCACAUGAACACAGAGUUAUGGAGGAGUGAGAAACUUGAAGUAGUUCUUUCAUCCUAAUAUUUAGAGCAUUCUUUCUUUCAUGACCUCUAAAGACCUUCUUUUCGUUACAUAGAAUGUGUAUUUCCACACUGUGCUUGUGCUGCCACCUUCUUUAAAUAGUGAUUUUUAAUUUUUUUAAUGUUACUCCCUUUUUUUAGGUAGUUCGGAAAAGAAAUCUUUUGUGGUCACUGCUCUAAAAAAGAUAAAUGCAAAGUAAUUUUGAAGUUACAGCAAUACUGUGGGCUUACAAAUAGAUACAUUUUCAAGGAAGUGGGAAAUGUGAAGCAGUGAUAAUAACGUUCACUGGCAGUGAAAUGCAUCAGUGGCAGAUUGAGAGACUGUAGCACUUUGUGUGUUCCACUGCUGCUGUACCAGAAAUAACAGACUGAACUCCCAGGGUGAUCCUUACAGCUAAAGAGAUUGUGAUCUCUCGGUGCUUUAACCGUGAAGUACCCAAGCAGUAAAUGGGAAGUUAAACUGCGAUUUGAAUGCCCAUGGAAAGGGUGGGGGGAACGAAACUGAAAGAAAAGGGGCUCAGGGAAGAGUCAGAGCCCGCAAGACUGACUGCCUUACAGUGAUGGGGGGUGAGGAAUUCAAAAACAGCUUCUCUAAUAAAAGAGGCUUGGAUUAUUUGCUUUCCUCUUGUUAUCUGACCAACGUUAAAACUGCAAAUAGACCGUUCAUGUUAAGAGGGCUUUUCUUAACCUGUGAUAAUGACUUCUCCCUGGGACAUCUCCACCAGCUGAAGUCGUUGAAUCGAGGCUGACAAUCUUCUGGAAGAUGCACUAUAAAUCCAACUAUUUACAUUGAUACAGCCAUUUCAGUAUUUGUUUCUGCCAUUGUUUGCAGGAAGCUAAAUAAAGGAUACUGACAACUUCUGCAAACCUGGAA